AUGCCUGUGAUCUCGCGUAUUGUGUCGGUCGUGCUUCGCGUGGCUGAGAUUUUCUUCGGUGCUAUCGUUGCCGGUAUCAUCGGUCACUACCUCGACAAGCUCGACAACAUCGAUCCCUGGCCCCAGGCGAGAUGGAUCUACACUGAAGUCGUCGCCGGUGUCUCGAUACUGCUGGCCCUGCUCUGGUUGAUUCCUUGCUCGUUUGGCUUCUUCUUGUUCCCAAUUGACAUUAUCCUCUCCCUCGCCUGGUUCGCUGCUUUUGGUAUCCUCGUCGAUGCCAUUCACCAGCUCAACUGCGGAAGCAUCUGGCACUGGAACAACUUUUUGAGCGGUGACACCUGUGGUCGCUGGAAGGCUGCUGAGGCUUUUGCUUUCAUCUCCGCCUUUGUCUGGCUCGUUUCUGGCAUUGUGGGCAUUUGGUUCACUUUCCGCAAGGACGGCUCCACCGGUCGUCGCCGCUGGAACCGCUCUGCUGUCUAA